AUGGGAUACAGAAACAAUAUACUGACGGUUUGUAAAAAGAUUAAGGUAGAUGGAGGGAAACAGGCUCCAGCUAAGAUUCUAGAUCUUCAAAAUGUUUCUGAUAUUGCAGCUUUAAUAAACCUUAGCACCGAAGAGAGAAGAAUGAAACUGAUAUCGAAAUACGUCUCCAUCCUCUCAGAGUUUAUAUUGAACAAGGCAAAGGAGAUAUCUGGUAAGAGACAGAAGCAAGAGGUAUCGGCAGAUGAUAUAAAAAAAGUGAUAGUUUCGGAAGGUUUAUUCUUUUUAUACGACAUCAUAAGCCUCAAUAAACAAUAA